AUGUCAUUGUACGCUACCAUGUCCAAUCAAGAUUUCGAUCCCAUGCAGCUCAAUGAGAGCCAGCAGCUUGCCUUAGGAACUUACACAUCCGUCACGAACCAGGAACCUUCUGCUGCUGUCCCCCUCCUGCGAAGAUCCGAGUGGAACGUUCAGAUCGCUAUCGCCAAAUUCUUCGAUGGCGAAGCCCCAGACCCAGUCGCCGAAGCUCGCGCUUCUUUGCCAUCCUCCACUCCUCCACCGCAGUCCAUAAGGCGCGAAACCUUGCUGAAUGGCUCCUCGUCUUUCCCAAGGUCUCCGGUGUCUCCGCCUCGAGAGCCUGCACCACGGAUAGUACCCCAACCUGAAAGUCAGAAGAAUUACCGACCUCCACUACUGCUCUCCAUUCUCUUCACCCCAUUCAAUUUUAUCUUUCGGUUACUCACCGGAUCACUAUCAUUAUUCCGAUACUUAUUUCCAUUCCUUCCACGACUUCUCCCAGCUAUAUCCGGCGGAAGUACUCCAGCGAGGUCCCGGACUGGUCGAAGACCACUGAACCCUAGGGAUACAGCAGCCCGAUUUGCAAGAGAGUUCGAAGAGGAAUACGGUGCUCAUGAAUUGCCGUUCCAUGAGGGUGGAUACGCUCAAGCAUACGACUUGGCAAAGAAAGAUUUAAGAUUUCUGAUGGUUAUGCUCUUUUCUCCAGAACAUGACGACACCUCGACAUUUGUGCGGGAAACGCUGCUAUCGCAAGAUGUGGUUGAUUACGUAAAGGAUCCUCAGAAUAAGAUCAUACUGUGGGCAGGGAAUGUCCAGGACUCCGAGGCUUAUCAAGUAUCAAAUGCUCUCAAUUGUAGCAAGUUCCCCUUCGCAGCAUUAAUUGUACAUACCCCCCAGGAUUCAUCAACAUCAAUGUCAACUAUCGCUCGAGUCACAGGUCUCCAGCCAGCGUCCGCAUUUGUUGCUAAGUUGCGAACAGCCAUCGCUCAACAUUCUGCUACUUUAGACCGAGUGCGAGCCGCAAGGAAUGAGCAGCAAGCUACACGAAACAUACGGGAAGAGCAGAACAGCGCAUACGAGCGAUCUUUAGCCCAAGACCGAGAACGUGCAAGGCAGAGACGUGAAGCUGAAGCGGCACAGACUAGGGCUGAGCAGGAAGCAAGAGCAAAGGCGGAUGCGGAAGAACGAGAAGUUCAAAAAGCAGAGCAAUGGAAGCAAUGGAGGGCGCAAUCAAUAUUAGCAGAACCAGGUCCGGGUGUCGAGGAUGCCACCCGAGUCAGCAUACGGCUAACGUCUGGUGAGCGGGUCAUUCGCAAAUUUACCAAGAACGCGGAGAUGGAAGAGCUUUACGCAUUCGUUGAAUGCUACGAUGUCCUCAGGGCGCAAGAAGACCUCUCCGCGGCCAUGAAACCUACAGGGUACAAGCACAGUUACAAAUUCCGUCUCGUGUCCCCGAUGCCUAGAACUGUGUACGAUGUCGAGGGUGGUGGCACGGUGGCGGGCAAAUUGGAAAGAAGUGGUAACCUGAUUGUGGAGCCAAUCAACGAUGAAGACGAUGAGGCAUGA